CCCUUUUUUCUUCAUCACCUCCGCCGCGGCGUCGCGCUGUCUCUCCGGUAGCGCUCGGGGGCUCGACAUCGACCCGCCCCCAGAGCGGCCGCGAGGGGUGGCGCGUCCUCGCCGUCGGCCUCUUCGUCUUCACCACCGCGGCGUCACGCCGCCUCUCCGAUAGCGGUCGGGGGCUCGACAUCGACAUGCCCCCGGAAUGGCCGUGAGGGGCGGCGUGACCUCGCCAACGGCCUUGCCUCCUUCACCACCACCGCAAUUCCGACCGCCCAUUCGCACGCGCCACGCGCGGGGCCUUGUUUCGGUUGGCGAGUUGGCGCGGCUCCUCGCUGGCCGGCGCGGCCCGCGGAGCCCCCGCGCGUUGAUCCGUUUCCCGCGUCGGCGCCCCUGUGCGCUGGCCGGGCUGGGUGCUCCUCGCCUAGUACCCCGCUGCACUCGCCAGCCGCCGGGUCCGCGUUGCUCCUCAUCUCCGCCACGCCCCGCGCUCAGCCGCCCCCACACUCGGCUGUGCUCCUCCGGCUCCGUGCCCGCGCCUCGGCCUCCGGCCUUGCCUGCGCGGCCGGCUUCUCCGUCCCCGCGCCGGCGCGCCACUCCCGUUCCGCCUUGCGUGCGCUCGCAGUUGGGCUCGCCCGCGUCCACGUGCCUGGCCCGGCUGGCCGCUGCCGCGCUCUGCCUCCUCCCCGCGGGCUGGCUGCCGGCUGCGCCUCAUCGCCUCCCCACACCGGCUCCGCGCCCGGCUACGCCACUCCCCUCCGCCUGCGUGCGCCCCUGUGGCCGCCUGCUCCGCCCCCGGGUCGCCCCGUGGCCGCCUGCUCCGCAUCCGGGUCACCGUGCCGGCCUGCCGGCUUCCCCGCCUCCCGGCCUGACGGCUCCGCCUUCCCGGGCCGCCUGCCCCGCGGCUGGGGACGGGCGCCCCUGCCGCCUCCGGCCAUCCGGCUCCCGCGGCCGCCUAGCUCAGCCGGCUGCCGCCCCUCCCCGGGCCAGGCUCGGCCUCCAACAGCACCGCGACGCCGGCCCCGUCGCCCUCUGCCUGCUCCGUCCACGCCACGACACCGAGCGCGCCUCCCCUCCCACUUGCUCCUCCGCCUGGGCCGCGUGCCCGCGAUGGCCCGGUCGUCUGCGUCGCAUCCCGUGGGUAGGCCGGCCUCCUCCAGCCACUCCUCCUCGCCCGAGCUGCUGCUGUCCGGCUCCCUCCGCCUCCCGCGCGACCCGGCCGGCCGGCUCCCGCGCUCACCGGUUUCCCUGGAACCCGGCCCCGUGCCGGCUCGGCCUCGCCGCCUCCAGCCGGCGACCGGGCGUUUGGCCGGCUCCGCCCGCCAACCCGGCGACCCGGCGCUUGGCCGGCUCCGCCUCGCAUCUCGGCCACCUCUCCGUCCCGCGCCACUGCUGGUCCUCUGACGGGCUCGUGCGCGCCGGCCGCUGCCGGGUCCGGCUCCGCCCGUCCUCGCAACCGCGCGGCCGCGUCUCCCGCGACCAGCUCCGCCUUCGCCCUCGCCGGCCCCGCCCCGUGUCGGGCCUCCUCCAGCCGGCCGCGGCUCCGGGCAGCCUCUCGCCCCGCGCGCCUCGCACGCCCGUCCGGCUCUGGGUGGCCGGCUCGCCGCCCCGCCUCCGCCAGCACCCGGCGCGCGUCGUCCGGCCCACGCUGCUCGCUGCUGCCGCCUUCUGCGAGCGGAAAAAGAAAGAAGAAAAAAAAUAUGUGUGUGUAUCCGGCUGCCCAGAGUCGGGUGAAGAAAGGGCCGGGUGCCCACGGCCGGCUUGCUACAAAAAGAAAAAAAAAAUUGUGUGUAUCCGGCUGCCCAGAGUUGGGUGA